GGCAAACGUCAUAAGACAUGUAAAAGGUGUAAAGAAAAUAGAGAUCGAAAGAAAGAAGACAAGUUACAAGAUGCAGAUUCAUUAGAUGAUUGUGAAUUGAUCCAACAAGAUAGUUCUAAAAUCUUGCCUGAAGAAGAUAUCACCCAUGCCACAAUCGUGGUUGAAAGUUCUGA